AUGCAUAUCAACCCCAUUCUCACGGCUAUUGCUCUCGCAUUGCCCGUAUACUCGCUUAGCGCUACCGCCAAAAUGGGCUGCUACUCCGAAGUCGAGUCCUUCAAAAGCCAGGGUCCCUACACCUAUCAAUCUUUAGGAUAUUGCCAGAACCUAUGUGCCAAAAAAGAGUUCAAGGUUGCUGCUCUAAGCCGCGGCGACAUGUGCUAUUGCGGCGACGACAUGCCUUCGGAUUCCGCCAAAGUUGACGACGAUCAAUGCGAUAUGACAUGCCCUGGAUGGCCCGAAGCAACAUGUGGUGGCAAGGAGAGCUUCACCCUCAUCCAGGCGAUUGAGAACAUUCGGCCCCCCCGUGUUGCCGAGAACGCAUCCACUACCAUUGCGCCCACUGCAGCCACCGCCGCUGGCGGAAUCAUUGUCGCGCCCUCAACAGCGGUCGCACCAACAGGCAUCGUGACCGCAGCAUCAUCUACCAACUCCAAGAGUGCCAACACGGGCUUGCCCCAGUCUGGCGCCUCUGGCUCUACUCUUGCGGCUUCAUCUGCCUCGCCUACACCCGCUAACAACGCUGCCGUAACAGUCCGCGCUGGGUCCGCGUUGAUCGGUGCUGUUCUUGCCGGUAUGGGCUUGCUUCUGUGA